GGCAGCGCCAGAGGCCGGCGGACACCAUGGAGCUGGCGAUGGAGAACCUGGGCAGCCUGCACGGCGUCCCGCACUCGCAGCCCGCCGAGCUCAUGAGCCCGGCCCACGGGCGCCAGGGCUCGCACCGCAACCUGGUGCCGCACGCCCGGCCCGCCAUGGUCUCCAGCAUGGCCUCCAUCCUGGAGGGAGGCGACUACCGCGCCGAGCACAGCCUGGCCGCCCCGCUGCACCCGGCCAUGAGCAUGUCCUGCGAGUCGCCGUCCGGCAUGAGCCUGAGCAGCACCUACACCACGCUGACCCCCCUGCAGCACCUGCCGCCCAUCUCCACCGUCUCGGAGAAGUUCCACCACCCGCACCACCACCACCACCACCACCACCCGCACCAGCGCCUCGCCGGCAACGUGAGCGGCAGCUUCACCCUCAUGCGCGACGAGCGGAGCCUCGCCUCCAUGGGCAACCUCUACAGCCACUACCCCAAGGACAUGCCCUCCAUGGGGCAGCCCCUCUCGCCGCUCCCCAACGGCCUGGGCAGCCUGCACAACGCGCAGCAGCCGCUGGCCCCCUACGGCCCCGGCGGCCACCUGCCCAACGAGAAGAUGCUCUCGCCCAACGGCUUCGACUCGCACGCCGCGAUGCUGUCCCGCGGCGAGGAGCACCUGGCGCGGGGGCUGGCGGCGCCCAGCUCGGCCAUGAUGCCGCCGCUCAACGGGAUGCACCCGCACGGCCACCACCACGCUCAGCCCGGCGGCUCGCUGCUGGCCGAGCGGGAGCGGCAGGCCUCCGCCUCGGGCUCGCAGCCCGGCGGCUCGGGGCAGGUGGAGGAGAUCAACACCAAGGAGGUGGCGCAGCGCAUCACGGCCGAGCUGAAGCGCUACAGCAUCCCGCAGGCGAUCUUUGCGCAGAGGAUCUUGUGCCGCUCUCAAGGGACCCUCUCGGACCUGCUGCGGAACCCCAAGCCCUGGAGUAAGCUCAAGUCGGGCCGGGAGACUUUCCGGAGGAUGUGGAAAUGGUUGCAGGAGCCCGAAUUUCAGAGGAUGUCCGCGCUCCGGCUCGCAGCUUGCAAACGCAAAGAGCAAGAGCAGCAGAAAGACAGGAGCCUGCAGCCCAAGAAGCAGCGGCUGGUCUUCACGGACCUGCAGCGCCGCACCCUGAUCGCCAUCUUCAAGGAGAACAAGCGCCCGUCCAAAGAGAUGCAGAUGACCAUCUCCCAGCAACUGGGCUUGGAGCUCAACACCGUCAGCAACUUCUUCAUGAAUGCCCGCCGGCGGUGUAUGAACCGCUGGCAGGAGGAGCCAGGCACCAACCCCGGGGUCCCUUCUUCUUCUACAAGCACUUUCUCCAAAGCAUGAUGUCCCCCAGCCCUCCCUGCCCUUUCCCGGAUGUCCUCCUCAUGACAAAGCCAACCCCAGACUCACAUGCAUACCCCCAGCGGCCGAACCGACCGGGGUGGGUGCUCUUGGGCGCUGCGAGUCCGUCAGCCUCCCGAACCCUCAGUCGCGUCCUGCUGCCGUAUCCUCCACGCUCAUGGAGGAGGAGAAGGGUUUGCAACUGGGUUGGUUCCUCUCCCGCAGGAGGGCUAGGAGGAAACCCCCAGCGGAGCGAAGGACGACAUGGAGGGAGGGGGAGGGCGAGGUGCUGUUUUUGAAGCAUCCCUGCCACAAAACCUUGUCUUCACCCACCCGCCAGGGUCCAGCCCUCAAGGAGAGGGGCACCUUGUCUCCUCCGGUCCCCCCCAACCUCAAGGUGUCCACAAGGGCCACGCAAGGUGGAGGGGUAAGGGCGGUUGAGAUACAAGAGGUGGAGCCACGGGGACAGGCACUGGCACAACCCCAACAAACUGGGGCCAAAACCCCGUGUGAUUUAAGGAGAGACAAGCAGGGAAAACUCUCCAUGGCUGCAGUCUCUGGUUCUUGAAGCUUCCUACACCCCUAAGGUGCAGCGAGGUUUCCCAAAGCAGCCUGAUCCUCUCUCCCACUGAAACACGGGCGUUUCUGCCCCUUGAAGCUUUGGGAAACCCGGUCGAGGCCUUCCCUGCACCCCUGGGUGCUUCGGUCUCCUCCGCAGGCACCUCCC